UCUCUGGGCACUGAUCAGUCCGCUGAAGACGAGCUCCGCGCCGGCAGCACAGUAGCGACGACCCGCAGAGCUACUGCAACCAUGGGGAUCAAAUUUUUGGAAGUCAUAAAGCCAUUCUGUGCAGUAUUACCAGAGAUCCAGAAACCAGAACGAAAGAUUCAGUUCAGAGAAAAAGUACUAUGGACAGCCAUCACCCUCUUCAUCUUCCUUGUGUGCUGCCAGAUUCCCCUCUUCGGCAUCAUGUCCUCGGACUCGGCCGAUCCCUUCUACUGGAUGAGAGUGAUCCUGGCCUCCAACAGAGGAACCCUGAUGGAGUUGGGCAUCUCCCCCAUCGUCACCUCCGGCCUCAUCAUGCAGCUCCUGGCUGGAGCCAAGAUCAUUGAGGUGGGAGACACCCCCAAGGACAGAGCCCUCUUCAACGGCGCACAGAAACUGUUUGGUAUGAUUAUCACCAUCGGCCAGGCCAUCGUCUACGUUAUGACGGGCAUGUACGGAGACCCCUCAGAAAUGGGUGCUGGGAUCUGUCUGGUGAUCAUCAUUCAGCUGUUCGUGGCAGGUCUGAUUGUCCUGCUCCUGGACGAGCUGCUCCAGAAGGGCUAUGGCCUGGGCUCAGGAAUCUCCCUCUUCAUCGCAACCAACAUCUGUGAGACGAUUGUCUGGAAGGCCUUCAGCCCCACCACCGUCAACACCGGCCGAGGCACUGAGUUCGAGGGAGCCAUCAUCGCUCUCUUCCAUCUGCUGGCCACGCGGACAGACAAAGUGCGAGCUCUGAGAGAGGCUUUCUACAGGCAGAACCUGCCCAACCUCAUGAAUCUGAUCGCCACAGUCUUCGUCUUUGCUGUAGUGAUAUACUUCCAGGGCUUCAGGGUCGACCUGCCCAUCAAGUCUGCCCGCUACCGUGGUCAGUACAACACCUACCCCAUCAAGCUGUUCUACACCUCCAACAUCCCCAUCAUCCUGCAGUCCGCCCUGGUCUCCAACCUCUACGUCAUCUCUCAGAUGCUCUCCACGCGAUUUAGCGGCAACUUCCUAGUCAACCUGCUUGGCACGUGGUCUGACACGUCUACGGGUGGUCCGGCACGGGCCUAUCCUGUAGGGGGGCUCUGUUACUACUUCUCCCCUCCGGAGUCGUUUGGCUCUGUCCUGGACGACCCGGUCCACGCCUCCAUCUACAUCGUCUUCAUGCUGGGCUCCUGUGCCUUCUUCUCCAAAACUUGGAUCGAAGUGUCUGGCUCCUCUGCUAAAGACGUGGCCAAACAGCUGAAGGAGCAGCAGAUGGUGAUGAGGGGACACAGGGAGACCUCCAUGGUCCACGAGCUCAACAGGUACAUCCCCACCGCCGCUGCCUUUGGCGGCCUCUGUAUCGGAGGUCUGUCCGUGAUGGCCGACUUCCUGGGCGCCAUCGGCUCAGGCACCGGCAUCCUGCUGGCCGUCACUAUCAUCUACCAGUACUUUGAGAUCUUCGUCAAGGAGCAGAGUGAGAUGGGGAGCAUGGGCGCCCUGCUCUUCUAGAGAAAGCCAUCAAGUCGCUCGCUAUUAUUAUUUUUUUAUACUUGGGACAAGCACCAGCCCCGUCCCACAGACUGUGUUCCUCUUACCAUCGUCCGUCGCGUCCCUGCAAUAGUUCUCCUGGUUCAGGGUGUUCAGGAGGUUCCAUCAAAUUCCUUUUUAGGAUGCUGUGGGGCGUCGGGCAGGGAUGCAGCAGGGUUGUGGGACCGCAUCCUGUCAUACACUACCCCCCCCCUCCCCCCUCUCGCUCUCUUCUUUCGGCCUUUUGAAAUGUUGACCCGCAUAUCGGUGAACAGUCGUGUACAGAUUUCCAACCCCCUGAGAUCGAUCCAAGCUCGUGAGAUCGGCUGAAGGAACCUCCGCUGUGCGCAAGGUGAGCCGGUGAAAGAAGCUGGAGCCGGUCGCUCUCCAGGCCCUUGGAGCCGUUCAGAGUGCAAACCAGACCUGGACCUAAGGGUUCUUCUUCCUGUUGGGCCUCUCCCUGCCGCUUUGGUCCAUCCCCAAACUGUAAAGAUAUAGGUGUGUUUGAUGUUCAGCCUAUAAACAUGUUCACCUUCGCUUGGUGGAAAGAGAAAUUGAUAUCCUUACGAUCCCUGAUUGAUCAACGUGAUCGAUGUUCUUUGUGGUUCUAACCUGCGUAUCCAGAAACAAUGUGGACCAGCAAACUCAAUUCCGGUUAAAUUAUAAUUCUCUUUUGCAACUUCACGACAUUAUCCACAUUGUAAAAUCAAGGUUUAGUUUUUUUAAUCGUCUGCUUCAAGUAUUGCAUUUCAAAACGUUCUCAUGCGUUGUAAAUUCUGGUUCCUGUGUAUAUAGACCAUAAAUUGCAUCACUUUGAAUACAUCUAAAUUGUAAAAUGUCUUUUGACUAUGUAAAAAGAGUUCUGAACAAACUUUUUCUUGAAAACAUUCUCAAAUAAACCUCAUUUUUCUGAGGGUACUCUUUGACUCGUG